GCUAAGAAGUGUUAGUUCAGAUUUUUAUGACUGCAUUAGCCUAGGUUAGUUGUAAACUACGGUAAGUUCAGACUUUCCAAAUAUAUGUCUCCAUCAUAGGAACAGAACAUUGGCAUGAACUGUGCCUGCUCACAGGUCAAGCAGUUUUGUCACUAAUGUUUUUAAUAUUCCACGGUGCACGCAGUACACGAGUAAAAAUGACAAACGUAAACACACAUGCUAAUGUUAGCUGCUGCUCUGCACUACCACUGGACGCUGCAGUAUUACACUCCACCAGUCCACAGUCUCCGCUUUGCCGCAGUGGCCCUUGGUGUCCUCUUGUAUGAAAUGCAUCUUUUUCUUUACAUCUCAACUGCAAGGCACAUUUUAGAAUGUGGGAGGACACCUGUAGAGAUACCCUGAAAAAAAUCCACACAAGGUUGGGGAAAACAUGCAAAGACCGCACAGGAGGGCUGGAACCGAGAUUCGAACGCAAAACUUCAGGACUGUGAGGCAGACGUUCUAACCACUGUGCUGCUGUGCUGCCCCCUCGCGCAAAUAAGGAAGCCAAUAAACAAAAGGUUUCCACCUGAGUGGCACAGUGACGGACCCUGCCACACCCUCGUCCCCGGAACUCGUUUGCAGCGUCAGCGUCAGCUUCGAUCGUUGUAAGAUCACGGCGGUCACAUGCACUUGCGGCAACAAAGACAUCUUCUACUGCGCACACGUGGUGGCGCUGUCGCUUUAUCGGGUACGCAAGCCCGAGCAGGUCAAACUGCACCUGCCCAUCUCGGAAACCUUGUUCCAGAUGAGCCGCGACCAGCUGCAGAAGUUCGUCCAGUAUCUCAUUUCAGUCCACCACACCGAGGUGUUGCCCACCGCGCAGAAACUGGCCGACGAAAUCCUGUCGCAGAACUCCGAGAUCAACCAGGUCCACGGGGCACCAGACCCCACAGCGGGGGCCAGCGUGGAUGAUGAGAACUGCUGGCAUCUGGACGAGGAACAAGUUCAGGAGCAAGUCAAGCUCUUCCUGUCCCAGGGAGGAUACCAUGGCUCGGGCAAACAGCUCAACCUGCUCUUCAGCAAGGUGCGAGAGAUGCUGAAGAUGCGUGACUCCAACGGAGCGAGGAUGUUAACACUGAUCACAGAGCAGUUCAUGGCCGACCCCCGGUUGGCGCUGUGGAGACAGCAAGGCACCACCAUGACAGACAAGUACAGACAGCUCUGGGACGAACUGGGCGCCCUGUGGAUGUGCAUCGUACUGAACCCGCACUGCAAGGCAGAGCAGAAGUCGUCGUGGCUGCGGCAGCUACGCCGGUGGAACAGCGUGGACGUGUGCCCCUGGGAGGAUGGAAACCACGGCAACGAGCUGCCCAACCUCACCCACUCGCUGCCUCAGGGUGCCCACGGCAACCAAGAGAUGCGACCCCACAGGACUGUGUUCACACGGGCCAUCGAGGCCUGCGACCUGCAUUGGCAGGACCGUCACCUCCAGCACAUCAUCGCCAGUGACCUCUAUGCCAACUACUGUUACCACGACAACCAGGAGGGCUCCCUCUUUGACGCACGCGGCUGGCCCUUGUGGCACGAACACGUCCCAACAGCCUGCGCCAGGGUGGAUGCUCUGCGAUCCCACGGUUACCCGCGAGAAGCACUCCGACUGGCCAUCGCCGUAGUGAACACGUUACGGCGGCAACAGCAGCGGCAACUUGAGCACUUCCGCCGGCACAAGAAAGAGUUGCUCCACAAAGGCCACACUUCCAUUACCAACAUGGAGGGCUGGGUGGGACACCCACUAGAUCCCAUCGGCACCCUCUUCAGCACCCUGACUGAGUCGGGACGGGUGGGAGAGGAGGGAUCAAAUAUCUGCUUGGACCUCUCGGACUGCUCCAGCGUGGUGACUCGGGCAGACCUCCAGCGGAUGCCCGUGCAGAGACUGCUGGGUGACGGCGAGUCGUACGUGGCGCUGGCGGUGGAGACGGCCCUGAUGGGCCUGGGCCAACAGCGUGUGAUGCCCGACGGCCUGUACGCUCAGGAGAAGGUCUGCCGCAAUGAGGAGCAGCUGCUGGCCAAGCUUCAGGAAGUUGAACUGGACGAUUCGCUGGUCAAGAUCUUCCGCAAAGAGGCCGUCUUUCUUCUUGAAGCUGGGCCGUACUCCGGCCUCGGAGAGAUCGUCCACAGAGAGAGCGUCCCCAUGCACACCUUCGCCCGCUAUCUCUUCACCUCCCUCCUACCUCAUGACGCUGAACUGGCGUACAAAAUUGCACUGAGAGCCAUGCGGUUGCCCGUGUUGGAGUCAACGGCGUCGUCCGGCGACCUGUCCCGGCCACACCACAUCGUGUCAGUGGUGCCCAACCGCUACCCGCGCUGGUUCACCCUCAGCCACAUCGAGUCUCAGCAGUGUGAGCUGGCCUCCACCAUGCUCACCGCCGCCAAAGGUGACAGUCGCAGGCUGGAGACGGUCCUGGAGUCCAUCCAGAAAAAUAUCCACUCGUCUUCUCACAUCUUCAAACUGGCGCAGGAUGCGUUCAAGAUCGCCACUCUGAUGGACAGCUUGCCCGACAUCACGCUACUAAAAGUUGCCCUGGAGCUGGGACUGCAGGUGAUGAGAAUAACGCUGUCCACGUUAAACUGGAGGCGGCGGGAAAUGGUGCGCUGGUUAGUCACAUGUGCCACUGAAGUUGGUGUGUACGCGCUGGACAGCAUCAUGCAGAGCUGGUUCACUCUGUUCACACCCACCGAGGCCACCAGCAUCGUGGCCACCACGGUCAUGUCCAACAGCACCAUCGUGCGCCUGCACCUGGACUGCCACCAGCAGGAGAACCUGGCGUCGUCAGCGCGCACCCUGGCCCUGCAGUGCGCCAUGAAGGACCCCCAGAACUGCGCCCUGUCGGCUCUAACGCUCUGCGAAAAGGACCACAUUGCCUUCGAGACAGCCUACCAGAUUGUACUGGACGCCGCCGCCACGGGCAUGAGCUACACGCAGCUGUUCACCAUUGCGCGCUACAUGGAGCACCGUGGGUACCCCAUGCGCGCGUACAAGCUGGCCACGCUGGCCAUGGCUCACCUCAACCUCAGCUACAACCAGGACACGCACCCGGCCAUCAAUGACGUGCUGUGGGCCUGCGCGCUCAGCCACUCGCUGGGCAAGAACGAGCUGGCCGCCGUCAUCCCGCUGGUGGUGAAGAGCGUCAAGUGCGCCACGGUGCUCUCGGACAUUUUGCGUCGGUGCACGCUGACCACGCCGGGCAUGGUGUCGGCGCUGCACAGCCGACGGAACUCGGGCAAGCUCAUGUCGCUGGACAAGGCGCCGCUUAGGCAGCUGCUGGACGCCACCAUCGGGGCCUACAUCAACACCACGCACUCGCGCCUCACGCACAUCAGCCCGCGCCACUACAGCGAGUUCAUUGAGUUCCUGGGCAAGGCGCGCGAGACCUUCAUGAUGGCGCACGACGGACACAUCCAGUUCACGCAGUUCAUAGACAACCUGAAACAAAUCUACAAGGGCAAAAAGAAACUCAUGAUGCUGGUGAGGGAGCGCUUCGGCUGAGCUCCGCUACUUUUAUACCGAGUCGAGUCGGCUUUUUUUUUUUUUUUUUUUUUUUUUUUUUUUUUUGAACUUUCCGGGAAAGAAAAAGAAAAAAAAAAAAGGAGAGGAUGUCGAAACGAAGCGAUGAAGCGGAAAAGGAAAAAACUAACUCCACAGAGCCACACGCGGUAUUAUUGUUCUUGCUGUUGUUCUCGUUACAAACAUUAUCGCUAUUAUCAUUAUUGAUAAUAAUAAUAUUACUACUACGUGUACAGAAGUGUUUUUUUUUUAUUAUUAUUUUUCACAAGAGAGGAAAUUCGUCAUGUUGUGAAUGUUGUGCAACUGCGUGUGUAUGAAAGGAGAUUGAUGUUUUUGUUUUUGUUUCCAAACAUCUUUUUUCUUUCUAUUUUGAGUUGUACAGCUGCAUCUCAAUACAUUUGAAUUUCAUUUAUUUCAGUAGUUAAAUUCAAAAAAGUUUAAAUUUAAAAAAUUAUAAAUGUGGCCCUUGAGCACAAACGUUUCUAUAAAAAGUUUCACUUUUUGAAUUGAACUACUGCUUUUUUUGUGUGUCAUAUUCCAAUGUAUCUAGAUGCACCUGUAUGUGGCUGAAGUCCUACAGUAGCGCUCGUGUUAUGAAAAUAAUAAUAAUUUUAUAUUGAAAAAAAAUCCUCAGAAGAGAAACUAAGGCUUUAAAAACACACACAGAGCACCUCCCAUUUUGGCCCCCGAGCCCUCAACAGGGGCGCCAGGUAGCACUGCACAGCUUGAAAGAAAAAACAAACACACACAAAAAAAAAAGCUUCCAUCAGCAUUUUUGGAGCACUUGAGCAGCCGUUAGUUUUCUCUUAGCGCUGAUAUGCAUGACCAUGCUCUGAGCACCCACCUGCGUAAUGUGAUGCAUGCAGCUAUCUGGAGAUGUGGCACAUUAGACAUAAUCAAACCUGUCUUAUACAUUACAACAUACAGCAGUAGAUACACCUGCAUAAUCCCAAUACAAGAACGGUAUCAAAAGUCUUUGUUUUGAUGGACACUGUCAGAGAGGUAUUUAUAUAACAAUGCUUAAUAUUGUGACUUGUAGACUGCAUUGUACUGAGCUGUUUCCAAUAUUUUGGGUUCUUCAUGUUUUGUUUUGUUUUUCAGGUAAAAAAUGGAAAAAAAUAUUACAACACGCAGUGGGGCAAAAAAGUAUUUAGUCAGCCACUAAUUGUACAAGUUCUCCCACUUAAAAAGUUGAGAGAGGCCUGUAAUUUUCAUCAUAGGUAUACUACACCUAUGAGAGACAAAAUGAGAAAAAAAAAAUCCAGAAAAUCACAUAGUCUGAAUUUUAAAGAAUUUAUUAGCAAAUUAUGGUAGAAAAUAAGUAUUUGGUCAAUAACAAAAGUUCAUCUCAAUGUCUGAUUUGAAAGAAAUGUAUUAGCAAAUUAUGGUGGAAAAUAAGUAUUUGGUCAAUAACAAAAGCGCAUCUCAAUACUUAGUUAUAUACCCUUUGUUGGCAAUGACAGAGGUCAAACGUUUUCUGUAAGUCUUCACAAGGUUUUCACACACUGUUGCUUGUAUUUUGGCCCAUUCAUCCACGCAGAUCACCUUAGAACAGCGAUGUUUUGGGACUGUUGUUGGGCAACACACUUUCAACUCCCUCCAAAGAUUUUCUAUGGGGUUGAGAUCUGGAGACUGUCUAUGCCACUCCAGGACCUUGAAAUGCUUCUUCAAUGCCCUUGCUGAUGGAAGGAGGUUUUUAUUUUUAUUUUUUUUGGCGUUUGCAACUCCAAAAACACUUUUUAGUGGUGUAUCCCCCCGUACUCAAUAAUUUGGGGGGGGUUAAAAAUAAUUGCAUGCUUUUUUUCAAUGAAAUAGUAAUGAGUGUCAAUUAUCCACAGAUUUUCAGAUUUGAACAACAAAAGUGAUGUAAUGAAGCACGACAAAGCAAUCAGCACAUUUGUUUUUUUUAAUUAUCAUUAUUAACAUCGAUCACAAAUGAAAAGCAUGUAUGUUUUCUUUUUUGCCAAAAUACGAAAAAAAAAGUUUUUGUUUUUUUUGGUUAAAAAGAUAUACACUAUGCCCUCUAGUGGGUGUGAGCAGGAAGUGCUUACAAGUGCUUGAAGUCAUGCCAGGGCAUUGCCCUCUGGCGUAAAGAAUCUUCUCUUAUUCUCAUAUUGAAAUGUGUGUGUGUGUGUA